GCAUGGCCGCACUGUGCCUGCCUCUGCUGGCAGCCCUGGCCCUAGCCCCAGUCCCUGAGGCCUCGGCUGAUACCCUGGAAGGAGACAGCUCAGAGGACCGGGCCUUCCGCGUGCGCAUCGCGGGCGCCGCGCCGCUGCAGGGCGUGCUGGGCGGCGCCCUCACCAUCCCGUGCCACGUCCACUACCUGAGGCCGCCGCCGAGCCGCCGGGCGGUGCUGGGCUCCCCGCGGGUCAAGUGGACCUUCCUGUCCGGGGGCCGGGAGGCCGAGGUGCUGGUGGCGCGCGGGCUGCGCGUCAAGGUGAGCGAGGCCUACCGGUUCCGCGUGGCGCUGCCCGCCUACCCCGCGUCGCUCACCGACGUGUCCCUGGCGCUGAGCGAGCUGCGGCCCAACGACUCGGGCAUCUACCGCUGCGAGGUCCAGCACGGCAUAGAUGACAGCAGCGACGCCGUGGAGGUCAAGGUCAAAGGGGUCGUCUUUCUCUACCGGGAGGGCUCUGCCCGCUAUGCCUUCUCCUUCGCGGGCGCCCAGGAGGCCUGCACCCGCAUCGGCGCCCGCAUCGCAGCCCCGGAGCAGCUCUACGCGGCCUACCUGGGGGGCUACGAGCAGUGCGACGCGGGCUGGCUGUCCGACCAGACCGUGAGGUACCCCAUCCAGACCCCGCGAGAGGCCUGCUACGGGGACAUGGAUGGCUUCCCUGGCGUCCGCAACUAUGGAGUGGUAGACCCGGAUGACCUCUAUGACGUCUACUGCUACGCUGAGGACCUUAACGGAGAGCUGUUCCUGGGUGCCCCCCCAGACAAGCUGACGCUGGAAGAGGCUCAGGCAUACUGCCGGGAGCGGGGUGCAGAGAUCGCCACCACGGGCCAGCUGUACGCCGCCUGGGAUGGUGGCUUGGACCGCUGCAGCCCAGGCUGGCUGGCCGAUGGCAGUGUGCGCUACCCCAUCGUCACGCCCAGCCAGCGCUGCGGUGGGGGCCUGCCUGGUGUCAAGACCCUCUUCCUUUUCCCCAACCAGACCGGCUUCCCCAACAAACACAGCCGCUUCAACGUCUACUGCUUCCGAGACUCUGCCCAGCCCUCCGCCAUCCCUGAGGACUCCAACCCAGACUCUGCCCUAGCCUCUGAUGGUCUGGAGGCCAUUGUCACAGUGACAGAGACCCUGGGGGAACUGCGGCUGCCUCAGGAAGCUGUGGAGAGCGAGUCCCGAGGAGCCAUCUACUCCAUUCCCAUCCCGGAGGAUGCAGGAGGAGGCAGCUCCACCCCAGAAGACCUGGCAGAGACCUCAAGGACCCUCCUAGAAUUUGAAACCCGCUCCGUUGUACCUCCCGCCGGGUCCUCAGAAGAGGGAGGCGAGGCGCUGGAGGACGCGGAGCCGCUCGACGAGGAAGCGGAGGACGAGGCCCUGUGGGCCUGGCCCGGCGAGCUCAGCAGCCAGGACCCAGGGGCCCCUCUUCCCACGGAGCCAGCCCUGGAGGAGUCACCCUCCCAGACCUCCCCGCGGGCGAGGGCUGUCCUGCAGCCUGGUGCUUCGCCACCUCCCAAUGGAGAGACAGAGGCUCCCAGGCCCCCAAGGGUCCUAGGACCACCCACUGAGACUCUGCCCACUCCUGGGGAGAGGAACCUGGCACCCCUACAGCCUUCCACUCCAGCUGGGGAGAGAGAAGUGGGGGAGGAGACUGGGGGUCCCGAGGUGUCUGGGGUCCCUCGAGGCGAGACUGAGGAGACGGGGAGCUCGGAGGAUACUCCCACCCUGCUUCCCGUUACACGGGCCCCCGAGGGUACCGGGGAGCUGGAGGCCCCCUCCGAAGAGAAUUCUGGAAGAACUGUCCCAGCGGGGACCUCAACGCGGGCCCAGCCGGUGCCGCCCACUGACGGUGCCAGCCACGGUGGGGUGGCCGUGGCCCCCUCAUCAGGUGACUGUGUCCCCAGCCCCUGCCACAAUGGCGGGACAUGCUUGGAGGAGGAGGAGGGGGUCCGCUGCCUAUGUUUGCCUGGCUAUGGGGGGGACCUGUGCGAUGUUGGCCUCCGCUUCUGCAGCCCUGGCUGGGACGCCUUCCAGGGCGCCUGCUACAAGCACUUUUCCACACGAAGGAGCUGGGAGGAGGCGGAGACCCAGUGCCGGAUGUACGGCGCGCACCUGGCCAGCAUCAGCACGCCCGAGGAGCAGGACUUCAUCAACAAUCGAUACCGGGAGUACCAGUGGAUUGGGCUCAACGACAGGACCAUCGAAGGCGAUUUCCUGUGGUCAGAUGGCGUCCCCCUGCUCUACGAGAACUGGAACCCAGGGCAACCCGACAGCUACUUCCUGUCCGGAGAGAACUGCGUGGUCAUGGUGUGGCAUGACCAGGGACAAUGGAGCGAUGUGCCCUGCAACUACCACCUGUCCUACACCUGCAAAAUGGGGCUGGUAUCCUGCGGGUCCCCACCGGAACUGCCCCUGGCUCAAGUGUUCGGCCGCCCACGGCUGCGCUAUGAGGUGGACACAGUGCUUCGUUACCAGUGCCGGGAGGGACUGGCCCAGCGCAACCUGCCACUGAUCCGCUGUCAGGAGAACGGCCGCUGGGAGCGCCCCCAGAUCUCCUGUGUGCCCCGCAGGCCUGCCCGAGCUCUGCGUCCCAUGCAGGCCCCAGAGGGACGUCAGGGGAGGCCACUGGGACGCUGGAAAGGGCUGCUGACCCCUCCCUCCAGUCCCGAUGCAGAUCCCUAAGGGGCGAGGCCUUGAACACUGCUGCCCCCAGCACUGCCCUCAUGCCCCACCAGGCAAGUGACAACGUGAGGGGUGGAGCUGGAGUCCAGGUGACAGUGCCUGAAGAUGGUGGGCAGCUCCCGCCUAGGCCCUCCCGCCUCUACCUGGGCGUCAGGUUUUCCCUCAGGGCCUCCAGGAGUCCUUAAGUGCCUCAAGCGCCCUCUCCUUGCCAGCCAUCCUGUCCCCUCUGCCCCCUGGGGGACUCCAUGCCCACUCAUUCUCAGUUUUCCAGAAGAAUG